CAUGGGAGGCGGAGUAUGUUGGGGUAUGGGGGAUACACAGGUCAAAAGCUCCACGUUGAGAUUGGGGAUAGAAGCUGGCUCAUGACCUCGAGCCAACUUCAAAUACUCAACUACAUCCUGCUCUACAUUCCAGCCCAGUAGGACUAUCCAGACAGGUGAAGAAGGAUAUACGCUGAAUUUGCUCGUCCGCUCUGAAACCCUCCAGCAGAAAAUCUCAACAUGGAAAAGCAGUCCAUCAAUGACAUUGGUCAGGCCCUGGAGGCCGAGUCAGUUCCCGAGCACCAUACUGAUCUUCCUCCGCUUUCCAAAAAGACGAAGCUCAAAGUCGACAUCCGCUUGGUUCUGACGAUUGGGAUGGUGUAUGCCCUAUCGGUGAUUGACCGUAUCAACAUUGGUUCGGCCAAAGUUGUUGGCAUGGCCGAUGACCUCAAAUUGGAUGUCGGCAACCGAUACAGUGUUGUGUUACUGGUCUUCUUCCCAGCCUAUCUCCUCGGAGAACUUCCUAGCAAUCUUGCAUUGGUGAAAUUUGGUGUUGCCAACACCCUUUCAGUGCUUGUGAUUGGUAUGGGAUGCUUUACGAUUGGCCAAGGACACAUCAACAGUUGGCAAGGGCUCGCUGUCAUGCGCUUUUUCCUCGGAUUGUUCGAAGGAGGGGUGUUCCCUGCUGUCAUUUUUUUAUGUGCGAGCUGGUGGCCACGCUACGAGGUACACAAGAGGCUUGCCUUAUUGUAUGGCAUCGGCCUUGUAUCCAGUGCUUUUGCUGGCCUGUUAGCAUAUGCCAUCGGUCUUAUGGAUGGCGACCGUGGCUGGAGAGGUUGGAGAUGGAUUUUCACGAUCGAAGGCACCGUGACAAUAGCAUUCGGUCUGCUUUUGCGUUGCCUGAUCGAUGAUUUUCCGGACCGAGCGACGUUUUUAUCCGAGGAGGAGCGAGCCCAAAUUGUUCGAAGAAUUGAAGCUGAUCGUGGUGAUGCCACGACGGAGAAGGUGACUCUGAAAAACGUGAAAGAUCUGAAAGAUUGGACCCUCUGGCUCACAACGUGGAUGUACUUCUGCAACGUUGUAGCGGUGUACGGACUUGCCUACUUCGUUCCGUCCAUUAUUGCGGUUAGUUUGCCCCUGAUGAAGCCAGUCUUGUCAUCCAUGUUGACCGUUUCCCAGGCCAUGGGCCACUCAGGCGUAAUGGCCUCACUCUAUUCUGCACCACCAUACCUGGUUGGUCUGGGAUUUCUGAUCAUAGGAGGUACGCUGGGAGAUUACUUCAAGCGUCGCCUGCCAAUCAUUCUCGUUCAGACGACCUUGGGAACUAUCGGCCUCGCCCUCAUGAGCCAGCCCCAACUAUCCGCCCAUGUGCGGUACCUAGGAAUCUUCCUUGCAAUCGCAUCUUGCCAGGCGAACAACACAGCAAUUUUGAUCUUCGGCCAGAAUAACGUCGUGGGCUCCGCCAAAAUGAACAUCGCCUCAGUGCUCAACAUCUCAAGUGGCACGAUCUCAGGUAUCAUCGGAAGCACUAUUUACACCGAGGCAACAGCACCGAAGUAUUUGCCAGGACUGGCGACGACUAUGGCGUUGAACGCUUGUCUGAUUCUAACGUGUAUUGUGGCGUGGAUCGUUCUGCACCGAAAGAACAUGCAAGCUGAUCAGGGCAAGGUCGUCUUUCACAAUCUCCCUGAGUGGAGAUGGACUUUGUAGGCUUCAGCUGAUGCCUGCUGGCAUUGUACACUGGAGAAUUCGGGCUACCAUCCGAGAGCUUCAUUGCAUUGCGCGGCCCGCGACGGGUCCUAUGAUCGCAAUGAUUUAUGACGAGUUAGUAUGAAGCAUUGAGGACAUGCGCCAGAACCGAAAAGGUGAUGGCGCCGAGCACUUUUACCGUCUUCCACUCAAUCUCAUACCGUAUAUAAAGAGUACCGUGAACGAGGUGGCACUUCGUAGAGAUUGACACGUUUGCGG